AUGAGUUCUCAAUCUUUAGCGCUAGCUGCGUAUAGAAACGGUUUGCGGGCUACGAAGAUCGCUUUUGGCCAAGAUACCAGGAUUUUGUUAGCAGCUAGAUCGCAGAUGAGAAACGGAAUGGUAAAUCCACCAAACCCAGAACUCCCUGCGCAAGAUCAAAUCCAGCAUUUGAACGAUGUGGCCCAAUUUCUGAGGCGGAAUAUAGUGCAGGGCAAAAAGGGCGAUGACAACAAGUACGCUUUGAAUAUUCAUGCAGACACCGAACUUGGCGACAAUGACUCCAUCAAGAAAACAAAGAAAACGCUUGUUUCACAAGGCGGUGGGUGCUGCAGCGGCGGGCAAAAGCUGUACGACUAG